UCCUACGCAUAGAACCCCACUUAAACAUUUUGCACGCUGCACAACUGCACAAGCUAGUCUAGGUGGAUUCAUCACCCACUCUUUAAACUUCCCCUGUACCUUGCUACUUCCUAUUUAUUUCACCCUCUUCCUCCUCACAACAACGCUUACGGCGACGCCACAAGCGACGGAGACGGUUUCUUCUCACCUUACACCGCCAAUCGCUUUUCCUCAUUGUUGAUCCAUUCAACGCCUCGUUUAGGGUCCGCACCGGCCCGCUUCCUUCUCGUUUCGUCCCUUUUCUCUGUAACUGAAAUCACUCACUCCCACUACUUCUUCUACCGAUUGCUGAACUAGGAAAGGAGCUGGUUUGCAUCUUUGCUUACAUAUUAGGGACAAAUCCCGACUCUAGGGGCUUUGCAUAGGUUUAUGAGUUAUAUCUUCUUCUUAUCUUUUGUUUUGCCGAUGAACCCUAUGCAAAACGGAAGCACAUUUAAGCUACCCCGAAGAGCAAAAGGCAAAAAGAAGAGGGGUCUACGAGUAAAAGAUGUUAAAGUAGCAGAAACACCCUCAGAAUUCUCAUUUGAUAUAGCCAAAACUGCAGUUUCUCAGAUCUGCCAAUCAGUUGGCUACAAAAGAACCAAAUACGAUGCUCUUGAAGCCUUAACUAAUGUUACCACAAAAUAUCUCGAAGCCAUUGCAAGAUCCGCUGCUUCUUUUGCGAAUGCAUCCAACCGUACUGAAUCAAACCUCUUUGACCUCAUCAAUGGCAUUCAUGAUAUGUGUUCUGUUCGAGGAGUUCCCGGUGGUUCAAAAAUGCAUUCAAGUAACCUGCUGAGUUCUGGAGCUCUAAAAGAUAUAAUGAGUUUUGUCAAAUUCUCCAAAGAAGUGCCAUUUUCCAAACCAAUUCCAUCAAAAAAUGGUCACGGUAGCCGAAAUCCAGAAGUAAUCACUGAUUCUGGCUCAUCAACAAGCUUACAGGAAGCAAAACCAAAAGGUUUGCAUAUACCAAGCUGGCUCCCAGAUUUUCCCAAGGAAAGCUUAUAUAAAAAGUCUGAAGGGGGUUUAGUAAAGGAGAGGAAAUGUGGAGAAAAAUUGUGGGAACAUUCACUUGCAAUGGAAGAUUGCAUUGGCAACGGAGAGGAAAAUAGCGACAUGUUAAAGAGCAAUGACAGAAACAAAAAAGAAGAGAAAGACAUAGCGACGGAGUUAGCCAAGGAAAGAGGAAGGGUGAAGUUUAAAAUCGGAAAGGAGGAAGAGAAGCAGAUUGGGUUGGGUAUGAAUAUGAAUAUGAUGAACGGGGUUUGUAAAGGAAGGAAAAGAGUGUCUUGGAGUCAUUAUAAAAUGAAUGACUGUAUGAGUAAGGCUGGUGAAAAUGAUGAUGAAAGGAGUGCAUUAAAAGGAGAGAUGAGUUAACAUGAUUGUUAUGGAAAUUAUGUUUGAAAUUUUUGUGGAGACUAUUCUUCAUGGAGUAUUAGGAAAGAAGAGAUUGACCUGAAAACAAUAUAGAAUUUGCUUCUCUUCAUCGAUUAGCGUUUUCCAUAGCUGGCCAUACCAUCCUAGGCUACUGUUUUUAAUUUUCUAUUUUCUAUUUCGUAUUUUGUUAUAUAUAAAAUGAUCCCCACUCAACGAAUCUAUUGUAAACAGUGGCGCAGCGGUUUUGCACAAUACAGAUGCAUCAGGUCUAAGGACUGAAUCUGGCGUGACUCAAAUUAAAGCAAUUUUAACUCCAUUUAGUAGGCUUAUUAUAACUCACUCUAACACUCACAUGGUUGUUUUUUUCUAUCAU